AUGGCUCCCACAGAAAGCAAAAAGCGUUUGGCUCUGGCCAUUAUCGACUUCCUCGGCUCCAGUCUGAAGGACGGCACCCUUACCGCGGACGAUGCCGAAUCUAUUGAGAUUGCUCAGUCAUGUAUCGCCGAUACCUUCAAGGUCGACCCCACUGAUGAAGCUGCUGUGAAGGACGCCGUUGGUGGUCAAUCUCUGGCGAGUAUUUACAGCGUCUACGAGAAACUCCGCAGCAAGUCUACCCCCGCGUCAGCUACCACUGCCCCUCAGGAAUCGCAAGAGCAGAAACCCCAGGCCGGUGCUCCCACUGCCGAGUCGGACAAGAUGAAAUCAGAGGGUAACGCUCUGAUGGCCAAGAAGGACUAUGCCGGAGCAAUCGAAGCGUACACCAAGGCACUGGAAAUUGCGCCUUCCAAUCCAAUCUAUCUUUCCAACCGUGCUGCCGCCUAUUCCGCGUCCGGUCAACAUAGCAAGGCCGCUGACGACGCCGAGAUUGCCGUCGCUGUCGAUCCUAAGUACUCCAAGGCCUGGAGCCGUCUGGGUCUUGCUCGAUUUGAUAUGGGUAACUACCACGCUGCGAAGGAGGCCUACGAGAAGGGUAUUGAGGCGGAGGGUAACGGUGGCAGCGAAGCCAUGAAGCGCGGUCUUGAGACCUGCAAGAAGAAGAUUGAGGAGGGCAGUCGCUCGACUGAGCCCCCCGCGGAGGAUCUGGACACCGCUCCUGGCGCAUCCCGUGGCGCCGGUGGUAUGCCCGACCUCUCUUCGCUGGCUAGCAUGCUUGGAGGCGGUGGUGGUGGCGGCGGCGGUAUGCCUGACUUGUCCUCCAUCAUGAAUAACCCCAUGUUUGCUAGCAUGGCCCAAAAUCUCAUGAGCAACCCUGACAUGCUCGGCAACUUGAUGAGCAACCCCCGACUGCGUCAAAUGGCCGAGAACUUCGGUCAAGGUGGUGGUGGCGGUGGUGGCAUGCCGGAUAUGUCCAGUCUGAUGAGCGACCCAAGCAUCGCCGAGAUGGCCCGUAACAUGAUGGGUGGUGGUGGCGCUGGAGGUGCUGGCCGAGGCCAGUAA